AAAUUCCGUCUGCUAAGAAGGUUGCCUGCAGGUUGAAGUUCACUACAGAGAAUGGCUGGUCGUUUUAUCAAAAUUCUGCUGAGACAGGGCAGUUCAUUGCAGAAAAUACAUUGUCGACAGUAUUCUGGAAAGGUGCGAACUGUCACUCUAAUACCAGGGGACGGUAUUGGUCCAGAGAUCUCAGCUGCUGUUCAGAAAAUCUUCGCUGCUGCUGGGGCUCCUAUAGACUGGGAACCAGUUGAUGUUACACCUGUCAUUGGUCCUGAUGGGAAAUCCACGAUACCACAGAAAGUGUUUGACUCCAUGGCCAGGACACAGGUGGGCCUCAAGGGACCACUUGCAACACCUGUAGGAAAAGGUCAUAGGUCACUCAACCUUGCACUUAGAAAGGCCUUCAAUUUGUAUGCAAAUGUUCGUCCAUGUAGAUCCAUAGAAGGUUACAAAACUCCCUAUGAUGAUGUUGACUUGGUGACAAUCCGUGAAAACACAGAGGGCGAGUACAGCGGUAUAGAACAUGUGAUAGUAGAUGGAGUGGUACAGAGUAUCAAACUGAUCACAGAGCAGGCUUCUCGUCGUGUCGCAGAGUUUGCCUUCCAGUAUGCCAAAAGCAACAACAGGUCAACCGUGACAGCUGUACACAAAGCUAAUAUCAUGAGAAUGUCUGACGGUUUGUUUCUGAGGUGUUGUCGAGAAGUCGCAGACAAAAACAGAGAUAUCAAGUUCCGAGAGAUGUAUUUAGACACUGUUUGUUUAAAUAUGGUUCAAGAUCCCACCAAGUUUGAUGUCCUGGUCAUGCCAAACUUGUAUGGAGACAUUCUAAGCGAUCUAGCAGCUGGUUUGAUUGGUGGACUUGGAGUAACUCCUAGUGGGAACAUCGGUGAAGAUGGUGCCAUAUUUGAGUCGGUCCAUGGAACAGCCCCCGAUAUAGCUGGACAUGACAAGGCUAACCCUACAGCCCUCUUACUCAGUGCUGUCAUGAUGUUACGUUAUAUGGACCUGGGGGAGUAUGCCAAGAGAAUUGAGACAGCCUGCUUAGACGUCAUCAGAGAGGGCCAGUUGAGGACAGCUGAUCUGGGUGGCAAUGCCAAAUGUUCAGACUUUACUGAUGCUAUCUGCAAAAAGGUGGAGAGCUCUUGAUGAGAUGCAUCAGACCUUCUAGUCAGAUGACCACUGUAAUGACUGCAUUGCCGCAGGUGAAGUGGAAUCCAGAGUCGGGUCGUAGCAGACGCUGAUAUUUGUCAGUUACUUGGAUAUUUGUACAGCUCACCAUUAGAAUCUCUAAUAUAUGUAUUUAUCUCUUUGGAAACAUGGUAAGCCAUCUCUGUAGAUAUGUUGUCCAUUUUCACAAGUUUGUCAAGAAGCAUAUAAAGUGUAACGUAGAAGCUACAUGUAAUGCAAGACUGACCAAUGCUCGCUUAACUUGUAAUUUGACUCACGUAUGCUUCUCAUAUUUGCAGCAAAAAAAUUUAUAUUUCAUUUGAUGAAGAACUUGCUCUUUCCUUUACCACGUGCGUUAAUUUCAGUUUUGAAUGCAGAACACAGGAAACAUUUACAAGGAGUGAGUAAUAUUGCAUUUAUCACCAUGACAUCGACCAAUACUUCAGCUCAUUUGAGAUUUCAUGUUACAUCUCUGCACUCAUCGGUUAAAUACUUUUCUUACAUUCAAGAGUGUGUGAUGCUGAGUAUAGGUCAGAGUAUUAAUCUCCAACUGUUAUGAAAGAAAAAGAAUGGUAAGAUUUGCAUAGUCGUAUGAUCUGCCUUAAAUAUUAGAUGUACAUGUAGAUAUCGUUUGAUAGAAGAAAUCCAGCCUGCAUUGAGGUGGUAUAGACAACUAUAAUAGUAUACAACAGUGCUUCAAAUUUUGUUAUUAUGUUAUGACCAAAGUUUUCAAAAGAUUUUUUUUCUAAUUUUCAUUGUCUUCCUGUGAAUAAUGUCACAUUUGCUAAUCUAUGAAACAUAAGUCAGAAUACAUUUCCAUGUUGGCAUUGGGCUACAGCUUCUGUGUACAGUAAAACAAAGCCACUCUUGCUUUUGUAGUUGUAUUAUCACAGAAAUUCUGUGAAUAUACUAUCUGUACUAUAUACUAUCUGUGCUUGUACAACAAGAGUGAAUGAACAAAUAAUGAGCAGAGAAAUACAGGGGCCCGGUUUUAAAACGUGACUGGGGUGCCUCCAUGGCUCAGUUGGUUAGCGGGCUAGCACAGCCUAAUGACCCAGGAGCCUCUCACCAAUGCAGUCGCUGUGAGUUCAAGUGAAGCCCCUGCUCGCUUCUUCUCCGGCCGUAAGUAGGAAGGUCUGCCAGCAAUCUGCGGAUGGUCAUGGGUUUCCUCCCACAAUAUUGCUGGCCACCAUUGUGUAAGUGAAAUAUUCUUGAGUACGGUAUAAAACACCAAUCAAAUAAAUAAAUAAAUAAAACGAGACUGUCAUUCAUGGUAUUCAAAGUAGGGGUUUUUGAGCUAUGACAUUUUUGAUAGAAG